AUUACUGGACAAAAAAAAACACUUGGACUUUGUCUUGAUCUGGACUUUGUACUUCAGGAGCUUUAGAAAGCAGGCAGUGUUGUAAAUGCAGCAGUUGAGAGCGCAGUUGAGAGACAUGGGCAUGUGGACGGCACUGAGCGCGCUGCUCUUCAUCACACACAGCGUGUGCAGCCAAACCAGCAUAAGAUGGUGCACAAUUUCAGAACAGGAGCUGAGGAAGUGCAAUUCCAUGUCAAUAGCGUUCAGAAGCGCCUCUAUCCGGCCUCUACUGAGCUGCGUACGCGCAAACUCCGUCACAAACUGUGCAGAAAAACUCAUGGCAAAUGAAGUUGAUGCAUUUUCUACCAGUGCCAAAGACAUCUAUGAGAUUGGAAAGACAGCCACAUUUAAAAUUGCUACAGCAGAGUCCAGUUCUGAUGGUGAAGGAACGACAUAUUAUGCAGUUGCAGUGGUGAAAAAGACAAAUUCACACAUUAAUAUCAACAACCUAAAAGGGAAGAAGUCAUGCCACACUGGAAUUGGGCGUACAGUUGGGUGGAACAUGCCAAUAGGCUAUUUGAUCGACAGUGGAAGGAUGUCUGUUAUGGCCUGUAACGUGACUCAAGGGGUUGCAGAAUUCUUUAACGCUAGCUGCAUUCCUGGAGCAAUUGGCCAGGACUCGUCUCUGUGCCAGCUCUGUGCCGGAGAUGAAAGUGGAGGCCAUAAAUGUGAGGCAAGCAACAAGGAGAAAUACUACUCAUAUAAUGGAGCCUUCAGGUGCCUUGUUGAUGAUGCAGGAGAAGUAGCUUUUGUUAAGCACACCACAGUUGGUGAAAACACUGAUGGAAAAGGUGAAACAUGGGCACAGGGUCUCAAGUCUACUGACUUUGACCUGCUUUGCCCAGAUGGAAGUCGGAGUCCUGUCUCAGAGUACAGGCGAUGCAAUCUGGCCCGAGUGCCAUCCAGAGGCAUUGUGGCCCACAGCAACAUCGACAGCACUGUCAUAUACAAUAUGCUUACAGAGGGACUGCAAAAGUCUGGCUUUUCCAUUUUCUCUUCAGUGGUAUUUAAUGGUGAAAACCUGUUGUUCAGUGACAGCUCGACAAAGUUUAUCCCUGCUGGAAGUGAUGAAUACAUUCAUUGGCUAGGAGAAAAAUACUAUAACAUAUUGAGAGCUAUGGACUGCUCUAGUGCUGAUGUUCCUGAGAUUCUGACCUGGUGUGUGCUGUCUAACGGUGAGCAGCGGAAAUGUGAAGACAUGGCGCUAGCCUUCAAAACAAAAAAACUCUUACCUAACAUCCAAUGUUUAUUUGGAAAAUCUGUGGAGGACUGCAUGGAGAAAAUACAGAAUAAAAAGGCAGAUGCCAUCACUCUUGAUGGUGGCUAUAUCUACACAGCAGGGAAAACAUAUGGUCUCAUGCCUGCUGCAGGAGAAAGCUACACAGGGGACGCCGAUGGCAGCAGCUACUAUGCUGUGGCUGUAUUAAAAAGAACCAACAAUGACAUCCAGAGAUUCAGUGAUCUGAGGGGACGGACAUCAUGUCACACAGGCUACGGCAGGACUGCUGGCUGGAACAUUCCACUAGGCCUGCUCAUUGAGAAAGGCCUAAUCAGACCGCAGAAAUGCCAAGCUGCUCAAGCUGCUGGAGGGUUCUUUAAGUCAAGCUGUGUACCUGGUGCCAAUGAGCCUGGAUUUCCCAGCAACCUUUGUGCACAGUGCAUCGGAGAUGCCAGUGGCCAGAACAAAUGUGUUAAAGGCAAGGAUCUGUAUGAUGGUUACAAUGGAGCUUUCAGGUGUCUGGUUCAGGGAGGAGGCGAGGUUGCAUUUGUGAAACAUUCCACAGUUUUCCAGAACACUGAUGGCAAUGGUACAGAUCCUUGGUCCCACAACUUGAACUCGAAAGAUUUCCAACUGCUGUGUUCUCAAGAGUCUCGAGCUGAUGUCAUUCAGUAUAAACAUUGUAAUCUUGCCCGUGUCCCGUCUCAUGCUGUGAUGGUCCGGCCCGACACCAACCCUCACGUUAUCUUUGGUCUUUUGGACAAAGCACAACAAUUCUAUGGGGUCAACACUAACUCAGACUUUAAGAUGUUUAACUCUAGUCGAUAUGAGGGAUCGGACCUGAUCUUUAAAGACUCCACAGUGACCAUAAUUGGUGUUGGCGAGAAAAAGUCCUAUGAGGGUUGGCUUGGCCAUAGCUACGUGGAAGCCCUCUUAGCCAUGGAGUGCACUUACUCUUCAGCAGUGGUGUCUUCUGCCUCUGCACUUCUGCUGACCAGCUUGGCUGUGCUCAUCGCUCUUUUGGUUGUGUAGCAGGUCUAUCAGCUCGACAAGGAUUCCUCAGCUAUUUCCAUUUUAUCCUGGGCAUAUAUAUAUAUAUAUAUAUAUAUAUAUAUAUAUAUAUAUAUAUAUAUAUAUAUAUAUAUAUAUAUAUAUACAGGUCUACUGCAGCAAAGCUACUGUAAACUAUAUCAGCCGAUAUCUUAAUUAUACAAUGAGUAUACACUUGGGUAUAGCUUUCAAUUAGCUAUUUAUCAAAACCAAAUUGUUUGAAUCAAUUGUUUGAAUUUUGAUGUAUAAUUACGUGAUACAUUUAUAUUUAUGCAAUACACAGUAUCUGUCCUAAUGACAUGUUAGAUAAACACACCCAUUCUGCACUCUGUUAUCCAUACCAUGUUCUCCUGAUAGUCUUAUAAUUGGACAUUAGCUUAGAACAUCUGAGCUAUCACUGCCUGCUUGGUUUAGUUAAUCAUUAUAAUGAGAAAUGUCUGUGCUAGUCCAAGAAUUUAUUCAGUGUGGUUUGUAAAGUAAAAGGUCUUGAAUGUUAGAAUAAUUUUACAAGACUAGGAUCCCCAAACUUUAGGUGCAUUUUCCCUGCCUUUGUCUUGACAGCACUGUCUUCAUGUUCACUGUAUUUGCUGAAUAUUUAUCAGUGCACAUUCACAUUUUAGUGGUCAGUUACCUGAAGGCAACAGCCAUAUCAGUGUAUAUGCAUUGCUUGUUACAUAUUUAUUGACUUCAGUGUUCUGUGAAUAUCUCUUCCUUAAUUCUGUACUUUAAGGCACACGUUCUAGCUGAAGCCUUUUAUCUUUUGUGUCACUGAGUAUAUAUUGGUCUAUCACUUAUGAGGAGAAAAAGGCUAAACUGAUUCACUUAUUUUUACCUUGUAUUUCAAGAGAAAUAUCAAGAUUAGAUUUCCUCUUGCCUUUUGAGAAUCUAUCUUUCAGGAUCAAAUAUUUUUAAAAGUAACUACAUGUUAACCAAAUAAAGCAACAUGUAUAAUAGUCUGAGGUUCUAUUGCUAAUUAGCUAAAUUCCUCCAUUUCUGAAUUUUCACACCUUCUCUAUAUUUAUGUUUUAUUCAUAGUGCACUUAGUAUUUGACAAAUUACACCAGAUUACUAUUCAGAUUUUUCAUGAAAUAUUGGAUAUGCUUUGCAGACCUGCACUUUUUGUGUCACUGUUGCAAUUUGUUUAAUUUUCACAGAGAAUGUAUUUUUAUACAAAGAUCACCUUAUUCACCUUAUCGGUGUAUAUGUACUGACACAAUGAUUUCUUGCUUUACUGCAUUGCAAUUUCUUCAAUGAAAUGAUCGAGAUGUAACUAAUAUUUAGUUGCCAGGCCAGUGAGUCUGCUAAAGUAUUAUUACAUGUUGCCCACAUAGGGUCCUUUGUUGUUCAAUAAACAAGCAUAGUAAAA